AUGAUGCAGCAACAACAACAAGUGAGUAAUGGUAACAGCAAUCGCAUAGUUGCAGUAAAUGUGACACCUUCUGGCACACCAUCUCCUAACAAUGACUCUCCGAAGCUCGAUCAGACACCAGGAUGGAAAAAGUUCUUUACAUAUGUUGGUCCUGGUUUUCUUGUCUCUUUGGCCUACCUUGAUCCUGGAAAUAUGGAAACUGAUUUGCAAGCUGGAGCUAACCAUGGUUAUGAGCUGUUGUGGAUCAUACUUAUUGGACUCAUAUUUGCACUUAUAAUUCAAUCAUUGGCGGCAAAUCUUGGAGUAUGCACCGGGAAACACCUUUCAGAAGUAUGUAAGGCUGAAUAUCCAAUAUUUGUGAAGUAUUGUUUAUGGAUAUUAGCAGAGCUUGCUGUCAUAGCUGCAGACAUACCUGAAGUGAUUGGGACAGCAUUUGCUCUUAACAUACUAUUUCACAUUCCAGUAUGGGGAGGAGUUUUGUUAACUGGAUGCAGUACUCUCUUGUUUUUGGGCCUACAAAGAUUUGGAGUAAGGAAGUUGGAACUGUUGAUAUCGAUCUUAGUAUUUGUAAUGGCUGCGUGUUUCUUCGGAGAAAUGAGCUAUGUAAAACCCCCUGCUUCUGGUGUAGUCGAAGGAAUGUUCGUCCCUAAACUCAAUGGAAAUGGCGCCGUAGCCGAUGCUAUUGCCCUUUUGGGUGCCCUUAUCAUGCCGCACAAUCUUUUCCUCCACUCUGCACUAGUGUUAUCUAGAAAAAUACCUGGUUCAAAACGCGGCAUCAAUGAUGCAUGUAGAUACUUCCUAAUUGAGAGUGGUUUCGCUUUGUUUGUGGCAUUUCUAAUCAAUGUUGCAAUGAUUUCUGUAUCUGGAACUGUUUGUACUGCCAAAGACAUUACUGCUGAAAAUGUUGAACGUUGCAGUGAUCUUACCCUUAACUCCGCUUCUUUUCUUCUCAAGAAUGUAUUGGGGCGUUCAAGCUCGAUCAUUUAUGCCAUAGCAUUGUUAGCUUCUGGACAAAGUUCUGCCAUCACUGGCACCUAUGCAGGCCAAUUUAUCAUGCAGGGUUUUUUGGACUUAAAGAUGAAGAAAUGGGUUAGGAACUUGUUGACUAGGAUUGUUGCCAUAGCACCUAGUCUUGUUGUCUCAAUCAUUGGUGGUUCUUCUGGAGCCGGACGACUUAUCAUCAUUGCAUCGAUGAUUCUUUCUUUUGAACUUCCAUUUGCUUUAAUUCCACUCCUUAAAUUUAGCAGCAGUAGUACUAAAAUGGGACCUCACAAGAAUUCAAUGAUCAUUAUUGUCAUCUCAUGGAUUCUAGGUUUGGGAAUCAUUGGUAUCAAUGUGUACUACCUCAUUACUGCUUUUGUGGGUUGGAUAAUUCACAGCAGUUUACCAAAAGUGGCAAAUGUGUUCAUUGGAAUCAUAGUUUUUCCUCUAAUGGCACUGUAUAUUGUCUCGGUUAUCUAUCUAACCUUUAGAAAAGACACUGUUAAAACAUUUGUUGAGGUCAAGGAUGACCCAGCAAUGCAAACUCACAUGGAAAAAGGAUUUGUAAAUGAUGGUCAGUUAGCGUUGAGUAAUGCUCCUUACAGAGAAGAUUUAGUUGAUAUCCCACUGCCAGAGGGACCUAGAUUGUGA